AUGAAUGAUGAAUUUGGUGAGAUAAAUGAUUUCUUCGACAACGACUUUCCUGAUGAUGAAGCAUCAGUGGCUGACGAUGAUGCAGAACCCUCUGAUGAUAAAGUACUGAACAGCUUGAUAGAGAAGGAAAAUAAUGAAGUGGUAAAGAAGCGUACUAAGUCACGACCGCAGCCAAAACUUGAUGAAGCUACGAUCACAGGGCCUAAAGGCAUUCAAGCUCUCCGAGAAUCUUUCAAAGGCUACAAGCCUGACCCAAUGAUGGAUCCGGUAUGA